AUGUCAAUCAAAGCAAUUGCCUCUACGAAGGUCGUAAUUGACCACGAAAUAAUCCCUGCUACAAUUUUGUAUUCGACUGAGACUGGAAAAAUAGUUGAAAUAUUCAAAUAUGAUAGGAUUUCCUGUUUAGGAGAUAGUAAGUUAGUCGCUUAUGAUGUGUGCGACUGUAUCGAUGUUUCACCAAAUAUCAUACUUCCAGGCCUAGUUGAUUCUCAUGUGCAUUUAAAUGACCCCGGUAGAGCUGAAUGGGAAGGGUUCGAAUCUGGUACUAAAUCCGCCAUUAGUGGAGGUGUGACUACUGUUAUAGAUAUGCCCCUUAAUGCAACGCCACCUACGACGAAUCUAAAGAAUCUGAACACAAAAAUUGUUGCCAGUAAAGGAAACAUCUGGUGUGAUGUCGGACUAUGGGGUGGACUAGUUCCAGAUAAUCUUCAGGACCUUGUACCUAUGGUGAAGCAAGGUGUACGAGGUUUUAAAGGAUUUCUUUGUCAUUCUGGUAUCGACGAAUACAAAAACAUAGAUGAAAAUUAUAUAAGGACGGCAAUUGAGCUUUUAAAACCUUUUAAUACGAAAAUGUUAUUUCAUGCAGAAAUGGUAUCACAAGAUCAUUUAGAAAAAGAAUUAUUGGAUGAUAUGCGUAAAUAUGACACGUUUUUGAAAUCUAGACCAGAUGAAUUCGAGACUAAUGGAAUAAAAUUGAUUAUAGAUUGUUUGACUGGAGUUACGAAUACACAUCCAAAAUUUGGGGCUCACAUUGUUCAUUUGGCAUCAGAUAAGCCUUUACCGCUUAUUGUCGAUGCACAAAUCAAAAAUUUACCGUUGACUGUGGAGACAUGUUUUCAUUACCUAACAUUGAAUUCAGAAGAUAUACCAGAUUCUUGUACACAGUAUAAAUGCUGCCCACCUAUACGUUCCAAUGAAAAUCGGCUUUCAUUAUGGAAAGCUCUAAGACAGGGUGUAAUAACGUCGGUCGUUAGUGAUCAUUCUCCAUGUAUACCUGAAUUGAAAAGCCUCAACUCUGGAGAUUUCUUGAAUGCUUGGGGUGGCAUUUCUUCAGUUGGUUUGAAUUUACCACUUCUAUGGACGAGCGGUUCAAAACUUGAUAAACCUAUUAGUAUAAUAGAUGUUGUCAAGUGGUGUUGCGAAAAUACAGCCAAACAUGCAGGAAUAAAUCAUAUUAAAGGUUAUAUCAACGUUGGCCACGAUGCAGAUUUUGCGAUAUUUGACCCAAAUCAGAGUUACACAUUUGAAGAUGAGAAAUCUCACUUUAAGAAUAAAUUAACGCCAUAUAACAAAAUGGAAUUAAGAGGAAAUGUGAAAUCAACAAUUCUUAGAGGGAAAACUGUAUUUUCGAAUGGUAUAUUUGAAGUGACUUCAGCACCAGGGAAACUUCUUCUAGCCGUAUAG